GAAACCUCUGGAGCACGAGGAGUCAGCGUGGGAUUGCAGCACCACGAGAGCUCUUGGAAGGAGCUGUAGAGCACUGCUCAGCAUCACAGCACCAUGAGAGCUCUUGGAAGGAGCUGUGGAGCUCCAUCUCACUGCUGGUGUCAUGUCAAAAAGCAGAGGCACUGCUGAGUUCACUGAGAAUUACAGAGAGGAGAGCAGUGGGCUGAUAGAGCUUAGCUGGGAGGCCUGGGGCUUGGAGCUCAGCCCCAGAACUCUGCACCUGGGACACUGAGCGACCAGGCUGAUGGAUUACCUGCUGGACCUCCCACUUGGAGUCAAGAUCUAUGUGAAGCCCAAGUCUGUCUUCUGCAGGGAAAAGCUGGGGGAAAAGCUUCACUGGCAAUGUCCUUCUUUCAAUCUGGACGAUCCGUACGUCCACCACCUGAACCUGCAAUACAACUGCCUGCAUGACCCCCACCUUCAGGACUACCACAAGCGCAAGGACAUCCUGCGGAUGCUGAAGAGACAGGGCUGCAUCACCAGUGACAACAGUGUGAUUUGCUCUGUGAAGGAGUUCAAUGAGUACAGGCAGUACCUGACCUGGACCAAGCAACAGUCAGAGCAGAUCUUGGGGCAGCAAGAGGAAGGGCUUCCGCCACUUUUGGCCAAAUUAAAGGCUGGUCCCAAACUGCCAGGAACCACUGACACUUCCUGCUGGGCAGAGUGGCAGCCACAGCCUCAGAAACCUUCUUGCCCACCUCCACAGAAGAGCAAAGAGACCCCCCUGAAAUCGAGGAGAUUUAGAAGAGGGAAAGUAGCUUUAGAUGAGGGCCAAACCUACGCCACAGCUGAGCUGGGUCAGGAAGAUGCCAGCAGUGCCACUGACUCCCAGAGGAAGCCGGACAACGCUGCUGACGGCCUCUUUAAAGCUGUCUUUGAGCAGCUGACCACAGCAGAAGCCCAGAGGGUCCAAGAGCUGGUUGAGACUGUUGUGUACAAGGUGUUUGCGAGGCUGAAGGUUCCUCAGGACCAGCGUGUCAACUUUUUACGGAAAACUGCUCAGGGGAUCAGAGAAAGCUUUUUUGGCAGCUCUGUGAGAACAGAACCUGCAGAGACACCUCUAGACCGCCGACAGGAGAUAGAACUGGUGGCCAAGGAGCUUCUAGCAAUGGUGUUGGAGAUCUUGGGGGACCAUCUGGAGUCCAAAGCUUCCGAGCCAGGGAGGGCCGCCAGGAGGAAGGAGCAGCCUGUUGAUGGAGAAACCACCCAAGCAGACAAAUCCAAGGACGCUGAAACAGACAGAGCACGUUUACACGCUUGCCUUGACAAUCUCACCACCCAAGUUGUUAAGAAUGUUCACUGCCUCUUGAAAUCCAUGAUAGCUUUUCAGUUUGGAGGAGAUUCCAGCUGUGAGUACACCGAAAUCCUGAAGCUUUCCAAGGGUAAGGUCUCCAACAGACAAAUGCAGCCAGGAUUCCCUGGGGCAUCCAAAGAAGAGAGCCAGGAAUCAAGCACAGGAGUAAAGCUGCCUGCCUUAGGACCACAGCUCCAUGCAAAACCGACUGGAUAUGCCAAAACCAUGGAGCCUGAGAAUCCUGCAAUGGUGAAGGGGAGCUUUGUGAGAGAAAGGAAUCCAGCAACCUCAGGCAACACUUUGGACAUAGGGACCAUGGCAAAUUGGAUUGUUCAGUCUGUGUUGGGGCAUGUUGUUCGGCAUAGGCAUGCACCAACCUGCAGACAGCAUUUUCAAUGACCUGUCCCAAACCCAGCCACAUCCAAAGGCGGAGAGGAGAGCUGUGCUGCUGAGGACACUCUCCCCUCCUUGGACCCACAGUUUUCCCGACAGCCCAUCCCUCCAGAGGAUCCGAAGCCUCCUGCCCAGGCCAGAGCAUGGUGCAGAUCAGUGCGCCUAAAGUUCAUCUGAGGCGAGUGAGGCAUGUGGCAGGAGAGCUAAAGGGCCUCUAGACAGCAAACCUCACACCUCUGUUCCAUCAAUAAAGUGUUUACUCCUAA